AUGUAAUUUCUGUUUAUUUCUGGCCACGUCAGCAAAAUGACAUAUAAGUACUUAUUCAAUUUUAUGUAAAGACAAUAAGUUUAACUAAAAAAUAAAUAAAUGAAUUUUAUUGAUUAAGAGGAUUUUAAUAUCCCUUUUGAUUAUGAGGAUGAGUUAAUUUUCCCUCCGUAUUAUGAAAAUGCAGAAACACCAGAGCAUAGCAAAUCUACUGAUUUAGAAUAAAAGUUUAAAAACGAUAGAAAAUAAAGAAUAUUAAAAAAAAGAAUCGAAAAAAAAUAAAAAGGAAAUUAAGAAUCAAGUAAUACUCUAUCAAAGGAGGAGUUAAGAAAAUUAAGAAAUAGAAAUUCUGCAUAAUAAUCAAGAGAUAGAAAAAAACAAUAGUUUGAUUAGUUGAUUUUAGAGAAUUAACACUAUUAAAAUUUAUUAUAAUAGAAAGAAUAAUAAAUCUAAUUAUUAAUGGAAGAGAACAAUCAGUAAAGAUUAAAAAUAUAAUUUUUGGAAGAAUAAAAGUAUUUAUUAUAAAAAUAUUAAUUAGUUAAAAUUAUAAAUGUAUGAAUUGUGCUUCAGAAUCAAAUCAUGAAUUGAUAAGAGUCAAUGUUAUUACUAAAUAGAAGAUGAUGAAUUAUGGUUUAUUAUCUUUGUUGGCAAUCACUUGUAUUUUAUCAAUUGUAAAUAAUGAUUAUGAAUUUUCACCAAAACAAAUAUCUCUAUAUUAAAUUUCAGAUUAAAAAUACGAUUUUUUAGCCCCUAAGCAACAAUUUUAAAAUUCUACAUAAUUGGCAUUAUACAGUAAUCUAGUAAUACCAGAACAUUAAUAUAAUAGUUAAACACUUUUUUAUAAUUGCACAGGUAAUGAAAAGGAGUGCUAAACCUUUUUAAAUAUCAUAAAGGCCGAAAAUGCAAAUAAUUUAUAUUUUGUAAAUUAUGCCUCAGAUUAUUUACCUGCUGAAUAAGAUCAUCAUUUCGACAAAGGAGAAGAUGUUUAUUUAAUCAAAAUCAAGUAAGAUGAUGAAGACAAUUUUAUGAUUUUUAAAGCAAGAUGUUAAAUAACAGAAAGUAACAAAUUAUUUUUUGAAAGAGAUAGUUAUGAUUCUUAUAACAAUAGCCUAUAAUAUUGA